AUCGAUCCCAACCCAUCCCUCCUCCUCUUAUUUCCUCCCUCGCUCUCGCUGUACGAUGUCUGUCGACCUUGCAAAGCUCAACUCCCACCUGGCGACCAGGUCUUACGUUGAGGGCUACACGCCCUCGCAGGCCGACGUGCACGUCUACAAGGCGGUCACCUCCGCCCCCGACGCGUCUGCAUACCCCGCCGUCGCGCGCUGGUACAACCAUAUCAAGUCCUACACCGCCGAGUUCGCAUCGUUCUCCGGCUCCAGCAAGGCAGGCGAGGCGUUCUUCGGUAGCGCUGCCCCCGUCAAGGAGGAGGCUACUGAGGAUGACGAUGAGGUCGACCUCUUUGGCUCUGAUGACGAGGAGGAUGCGGAAGCGGAGCGCAUUAAGGCUGAGCGUAUCGCCGCGUACAACGUGAAGAAGGCCGCGAAGCCCAAGACGGUUGCCAAGUCCGUCGUUACUUUCGAGGUGAAGCCAUGGGAUGAUGAAACCGACAUGGCAAAGCUUGAAGAGGCCGUGCGCUCCAUCCAAUGGGAGGGUCUUGUCUGGGGUGCGAGCAAGCUUGUCCCGAUCGGUUACGGUAUCAAGAAGCUGCAGAUCACCAUCGUCGUUGAGGAUGAACUGGUUUCCCUCGAUGACCUCCAGGAGAAGGUCGCCGAGUUCGAAGACUACGUUCAGAGCUCCGACAUUGCUGCUAUGCAGAAGCUCUGAGUGGUCGCGAUCGCGUAUUGUAUCCAUGUUUCCUCUGUAUCAUGGGCUUCGUGUAGUAUGAAGGGUACCAGUAGCUGUGUGUACGCGUGGAUCUUACGAGAAGUCUAGAAUGAAAUGUGCUUGUAGCUGUGGCCACACUGCGGAAUCUAUCAACCUCGCCCUUUCUGUGUU